AUUAAAAACAAGUGGGGUCUUAGAGUCGAUGAAAGCACAAUUUCAUGUAUUUUAAAGACAUCUGAGGAACGAUUUGACAAUGGAAUUAGUAAUUCUAAAACAAAGCGUCACAGAGCUGUUAUCUAUCCAGAACUUGAUCUUGCCCUUAAAGA